GAUGGGAUAGCUGUCAUGAAGAGCUGGUCACUUACCAUUUUUUCAUCCUUUUUAAUAAGACUGAGUUUGACUCGCUGUGAUUCGAAUUCAAAUCAAAAAUGUUUCCAGACUGGAGGAAUGAUCAUUCCAGCAUGGAGAGUUCCAAUUCCAGACGUAGAUAUUAUUUUAGAAGUUGGAACGCCUCUAGAGAUCUACUGUACGUUGGACUUGAAUCACAAACAAGCCGAAAAUUACACCUCUCUAGAUCUCGUAUUUAAAAAAGGGGAUCGUAAAAUCGACAGCAAACACAUAACGAUUGUAAAUUCAACAACAGCCAGAUUAUUUUUGGAAACUUCAACUAUUAGUGUCCAAACCGAGAUUUUCGCUUGCUCGUUAACAUUACAUGGUCUGUUGAACAACAAUCCUGAAACACCACAGGAAGAUUUAAUCUGUUCAAGUUCUGUACGGAUAGGGAGUAAACCGAAAAAUGUGGCGAAUUUCAAGUGUCUUAGUCACAACUGGGACGUAUUGGAUUGUUGGUGGCACGAGCCUAAUAAUGGAAUUGCGACGGAUUACUCGAUUUAUUAUUCCAUUCCUGGAGAUGCUGGUGAAAAUCAAUUAUACGGCUGCCCAGCAGAUCAAAGUGAACCUGGCCAUUGUCAAUGGACUAAAAAAACGUCUCCUCCUUAUAAAGGAAAUUUCGAGUACACGAAUUUCUACAUCAAUGGCAGUAAUAUGUUUGGUAAUAUUACUCAAAAGUUCAGAUGGCAUCAUUACACUCAUAUCAUUCCGGCGCCACCAUGUAACUUGACAUUUUUAAGAACAACCUCCCAUAGUGUUUGCCUUCAAUGGGAUGACGCCAGUUCGAAGAAUGCGUCCUUGACAAAUUUGCCUUACUUAUACUUAAUUAAAUAUAAGCGACCUAAGUCGAAAAGUUGGAACGUAAUCUACUUCCACUCGAAAGACAUUGAAAAAGAAAAUGAUCGUGUGCAAGUCAACAUAACUGGUAUAAAGUAUCCGAAUAUGGAAUACAAAUUCCACGUAUACGUGAAAUUCGACGUCUCAAAAAAAAAUCCUUGGUCUAAGGCAGCUUCUGUGGUAGUGAAAACCAGCGCAUGUGCGCCCUAUCGGUCUCCAAAAACUGACCCAGGUGGUUUUGAAGUAUUCGCUAAAUAUUCGAAUCAUCGAAACGCAAUCGUCUAUUGGAAGCAAAUUCCUAAUGAAGAACAUAAUGGCGACAAUUUUCUGUACAGGAUAAUUGUUUUUGAAAACGAUGAAAAAGUCAACAUUACUCCUACUUCGAUGAAUAAUUUUUCCGCCACAUUCUCGAAUCUCUCUUUCAACGCUUAUAAGUUUUAUAUCAGAUCAGUCAAUGCGAUUGGUUCAGCUCCUCGAUCUUCUAUCGUGUAUGUGCCUAAACAGAAUGACAUCUUGCCACGACCUAAUCCUAAUUAUACGCGUUUUGAUGGAACCGAUGUUUACGAAAUAAAAGUGCGAUCAGGUUUGCUAGAGUUCAAACACACGUUUUAUCAAAUCCAAGUCACCAAUUUUACAUUAUUCUGGUGUGAAAGUAAUCAUAGUGAUCCGUAUCCAUGUAGAAAUGUUUUCAACUGGAUUACUCUGCCAGUGAAUAAUAUCAUCUCCCAUAACUUCGCGUUUAAGCACAACGUAACCCUAAAUCAGCACAUGGGUUAUCAGUUCGCAGUCAGUACUAAUUCGUUGAACUCUAGCAGCGGCAUGCAUUGGAUUAUAUUCACUGGUAUUUACAACCAGGUAACUAAAAUUCAGAAUGUUUGGAUUCAGCAAGUCGGCUCGUCCUUUGUAGACAUACAUUGGAAAUUAGAAUUCGCUAAUUGGGUCAGAGGGUUCAAAGGCUACAAAAUAUCGUACUGUCCGGUCAAUGAGAAUCAACACGAUUGCGUCGAAUCUACUGAAAAACGCCACACAUAUCAUGCUGAUGAAAACACUAGCGAUUUGAAUUUUACACACUUGAUGCCAAAUACCACUUACAAAAUGGCAGUGGCGAUUUGGACUGAUGAAUUGUUAGGACCUUGGAGUGAAUGGAUGUACCCACGUACCAAAAACGCACCAUAGAGCAUCCAAAAGAUCACUGAUGGGAAUAUUAUUUUGAAUUCCAUACUUCUCCAGGACCACCUCAAAACUUCUCGUGUGUAUUUUGGGUUUCGGAGACGCUUUUUUGAAAAUUUGAGGCUUGCUGGUAUUUUUUUAAAUUUUAAAUUGAUCUAAAACUUGAGGAUGCCCUGCAACAGAACCAUACUUACAAGGGAACCUCUUGAGGUGUCCGCCUCCGAUUUGAACGAGACUGCGAUUGUUGGAAAGAGCAUUAUCUAAAACCCCCAAAAGGUUCAUUCCAUGUCAAUUCGACCGAAAAAAUGCGAUUUUGAAAGCCAUGUCUUUAGAUUUCGCUCAAAUUUUGUUUACAAUAUCUACCCACUCAGUAAGCAAGAAACCCGCAAUCAGUUUCGUCCCAGCCCCCUCUGAGGGCUGGUGGGGGGGGGGGCACAGUGGGCUGUGAGAACCCUCAAAACGGGCGUAAUUCAAAAACUUACAAUGAACACAAAAACAAUGGUACAAUGAUAUCCUCCCUUAUGUUUUUGGGAUCGCAG